CCGGAAGCAAACCCGACAGACCCGGUUUGAAGCUGGCGAGUUUCCCGUCCGGCCCGCUCUUGAGGUUGCACCGGCCUGGUUGGGGUGAAAGGCCGGCAAAAUGGCGCUGGCCAUUCAGCUGCCCCGCUCCCUGAUCGCCCGGCUGCUGACUGGCAGAGCCGUCCGCCCAGCCCGGUUCGGGCCCGCAGAGACGUUGCCACCCUUCCCCGACUACUGCUGCCGCUGCCGCCUCAGCCUCAGCCUCAGCCUCGGCUCCUGGGCUGCCCCCGGGGCUGGCUGGGCCCGGGCAGCGGCGUCCCCCCGCCUCAGCCGCCGUCGCCCCCUCCUCAGCCCAGCCCAGCAUUACCCAGCCGCCGCUGCCGCCGCCUUCGUUCUCCCCGGGCCCGGCCCCUGCCCCGCUCCUCCCGAGCGGAGCUACAGCAGCACAGAGGAGCCGCAGCCGCAGCCGCCGCCGCCGCGCCAGCAGACCAGGGUCCUGUACCUGGGGCUGUUCAACCCCCUCGUGUGGCUCCGCACCCGCGUCUACUCCUUCCUCAUCUGGGCCUAUUUCGACCAGGAGUUCAGCAUCGCCGAGUUCACCGAGGGCGCGAAGCAGGCUUUUGCGCAUGUAUCUAAACUGCUUUCUCAGUGUAAAUUUGAUCUUCUGGAAGAACUUGUCACCAAGGAGGUACUCCAAGUGUUGAAGGAAAAAGUUGCUUCACUGCCUGACAACUAUAAGACUGCACUUGCUGCUGAAUUCGAUGAAAUUGUAUACACUGCAACAGGUGACAUCUCCAUUUACUAUGAUGAUAAAGGAAGGAAAUUUGUUCACAUCCUGAUGUGCUUUUGGUAUCUAACCAGUGCCAAACUCCCUGAUGAGACGUUAAGUGGAACCAAAAUAUUCCAAGUUCAGCUAGGGGAUCAGAAUGUAGAAACUAAACAGCUUCUUAGUGCAAACUAUGAAUUUCAGAGAGAGUUUACACAAGGAGUGAAACCUGACUGGACGAUUGCAAGGGUGGAACAUUCAAAAUUAUUAGAAUAAUCGUCUUUCUCUUGGAAAAUCAGCUUUUUGAACUUUUAAGAACUGCUGUGACAAACUAAAAAUAGAACUUUUUGCAUCACUCGAUCUCCACGUAAUCUAUUCUGUGGAAUAAUUUUGUAUUACUUUGAAAUAUUUACAGUAUCUUGGUGUGACACAAUAAAAAAAUUUUUGCAGAUCUUCACCACCUUAUAUAAAAUACUUUUUUAAAAAUAGACUUUUUGAUGUUGUAAAUGAUCAUGACGCAUAUGCCAUCAGGCAUGGAUUUCACUACCUUUUAAAAGAGGUAAUGUAGAGGGAUUAUAAAACCUUAAAGACUUAGAUAUUUGGUGCUUAACUCACUUAUAGUAUUUAAUCAGGUCCAUUAUAAGUUUUUUUUAAAGCCAUGAAUGAAAUUUAUCUCUUGAAAGAGCUAGUUUUGCUGAGAAAGUCACACAAAUCAUGACUUUGAACCAACUGAGUAUUUUCCCAGGUUAUUGAUAAAAUAGUGGUUGCCAAGGAAAGAUACAUAUGACUGAAUACCAAUCACCUCUCAUAGUCAAAUAAAUGCACAAGCAGUUUAAAAGCUUGGAAUGAAUUCACCAGCUCCUAAACCUUAAAUCAUUAAAAUUUUAAAAUUGGAACUGACCUGAGAGUGUUUAUAAUUGAAAACUCUCAUUCUACAGAUCAGAAAACUAAGACCCAGUGAACAUAAGUGGCUUGCACAAGGUCACACAGCUAAUUAAUGGCAGGCCCAAAACAGGAACCCAGGGGUUAGGAUACUCGGUUCAGCAUUUUUUCCACAAUGAUACUGGCCUGGGGCCAGAAUGAUUUUCAGUUAUUUAGCAAUAUCACUGUGUUCAAGCAAAAGGCGGGAUAUGUCAAUUCAGGGCCCUUUCCCAACAUUGCCAAUUUCUUUCUCUCUUUUUCUCUCCUUUCUCUUCCUUUCCUUUUCCCCUCUCCUCUGUUCUCUCUUGUUUCCACUCUUUUUUUAAAAGACUGGGUGACCUUAUCUUACUCCGGCUGGAAGUGCAGGGCCUACUCAUGAGCCUAAUUCCAUUGCUUUCACUUCUUCACUUUCCAAUCUGGGCCGGUUCACCCAAGGGCAGUACCUUGAAGCUAAUGGUAUUGGUAAUGGACUUAAUGUGGACAACCAGUCAGCUUUUGCCCACUGUAACUCGGAACUCCAGCUUCCCCCAGUAGCAGGGACAAUAGGUGUGUGCCACCACUCCCUAUACCAAUUGCUUAGCUUUCUUUCUCAAAAUUCUGGUCGUUUUUGUAAAUAUUUGAUCAAUUUGCCUUUCAUAUUUUUCCCAGGUUAUUUUGUGUUACAUGGAUGAAAUAAAACUGUCAGUAGGAAAAAAGAACUCCCAAGUUUUACGUCAUUUCAAGGAACUUUUAAGUGACUGCAUGUAAUGUGAUAGAUACCAUUCAAAGCAACUUAGCCCCUAAAAUAAUUAAAAUGAAAUUCUCAACUUAGUGGUGAGUAGCACUCAGUUGUGUCUACUGUGCUUUCCCUGGUUACCCUUUCUGUACUUGGGGUUGUUGAGUUUUAAUACUUAGAGUAACAUAGUGAUACAUAAUUUUUAUAUAUGGCUUGUUUUUAUAGCCUUUUAAAAAUUAAGUAAAAAACCUGGAAAAUUUUUCUUCUUACAUGGACUUUACUGUUGUUUUCUAUUUAGGAAAAUCCUUAAACUCUCAAAAUGAUAUGAUUCUAUCUUUGAAAUUAUCAUAACACUUUUUAAAUUAAAAAAAAAAGCAAAUGGAAAUUUUGUUUUUAUCUGAAGCUUCCUGGUUGCAUU